UUUGGUGUUCACCGUUGCUAUGGAAACACAGAAAAGCUUUACCGGAAAAUAGCUGAUAGGGAGUUUAUGACAAGUUAUUACACCUGGCUAAUAAGUUAACACAAACUGUUAACUAAACAAGUAAAUAGGAUAUAGAAGUAGUAAUCACUUAAAACAAUCGACGAUGCAUCCUGAACCCCUCGAAUCCGGUGAGGUGGAAGAAGAGAGUGGCGAGGACUCCAGUACGACCCUGCAAGCUGGAGAUGCAGAAAUAUUGCUGAACGCAAUGUCAACAACUUACAGUAAACUAGAGGAAGCCCCCACGGCGAACUGCAGCCCCCUGCCAAACGAUAUCGAAGGAGACCGUUGUGUGUCCUCACAUACAGAAGUCGACAAACUCAUACAAGCCCAACAACAAGAGAAAAAGGAAAAGGACUCAGGUCCAAGAAUGACAAAGACAUUUCUGAAGGACCACUGCAAACAAAAUAAACUCUACAUGACACCUCGAUUGAAUGACACACUGUAUUUGCACUUCAAAGGCUUCUCCACUAUAGAGAAUCUGGAGGAGUACACAGGGCUGAAGUGUCUCUGGCUGGAGUGCAACGGGCUGCUGCGCAUCCAGAACCUGCAUGCCCAAACAGACCUACGCUGCCUCUUCCUCCACCAGAACCUCAUACACAAUCUGGAGAACUUAGAAUCACUCAGCAAGCUCUGCACCCUCAAUGUCUGCAACAACUACAUACGCACCAUUGAAAACAUUGCCUGCCUCCCUGAUCUGGGCACCCUGCAGAUAGCCCAUAAUAAGCUGCAGACAGUGGGAGACGUGGAGCAUCUGAGUCAGUGCCUCUCCCUCAGUGUACUGGACAUGUCCCACAACCUGCUGGAUGACCCAGACAUCCUCACUGUGCUGGAGAGAAUGCCUGAACUGCGCGUGCUGAACCUGAUGGGAAAUGAAGUGAUAAAGAAAAUCCCAUACUACAGGAAGACUAUGAUCAUACGUCUAAAACAGCUCACGUACCUGGAUGACCGACCUGUGUUCCCAAAGGACAGGGCGUGUGCGGAGGCGUGGGGGACAGCGGGUCCAGAGGGGGAGCGCAGGGAGAGGGAAUCAUGGCAAACACGAGAGAGAAGGAAGAUCCAGGACAGUCUGGACGCCAUGGCAACCAUCAGGGACCAAGCCAGGGAGAGACUGCGAGUCAGAGAGCUGCAAGAGAGAGGGGAGUAUGAGACCACUACAACUCCAGAACUUGAGAGCCCCAGUGAAAAGAACCAGAGCCAGAAUCAGAGCCUGGGCUGGGAGGAGAGGUUUCAGGCAUUUGUGGAGGACAGUCUGGAGGCCCAUGAAGAGUUCCUACAGACACAGAGAGAACAGCCAGAAAAGGAGGAGCUAGGGAAUGAACAGCCACUGAAGAAACAGCUAGACAGAGAACAACCAGAAAGAGAGGAUCUGGAGAGAGAUCAGCUAGAGAGAGAGGACCAAGAGGGAGAUCAGCUAGAGAGAGAGCACCUAGAGGGAGAUCAGCUAGAGAGAGAGCACCAAGAGGGAGAUCAGCCAGAUGGAGAGCAAGCAGCAGAAGAAAGCUUAAAGGAAGAACUGUUAAACCAGUCAAAGAGAGAACAACUACAAAGAAGGCAGCCAAAGAGAGAGAAGUUAGAGAGAGAGCAGUCAGUAUGUGGCCAGCCAGAGUCUCAGACAGCUGGGGUGAUUGUAGAGCACGGUCCUGGACCAAUGGUGACUGAGCUAGAGGAGACAGAGGACCUGGAGACCAUCCACCUGGAGCCACGCCCACCACUUCGAAUUGAUGAUCUCCCUGACCUGGAGGAUGUGAAUGUUGAAGAUCCAGACAGCACCUGCAUCUUCUCCUCUCAGCAAGUAUUCCGGCCAAAGAUAGAGGUAAUUUCAGGAGACAACAACGAUGUAGAUCCAAUCAUACAUCAGAGUGGGACUGUGUGGACCACAGAGACCACACUUACCUCAGAUCCAAGCUCAUCUUCACUGUUCAGGGUCUGUGACAACACGUCAAACAAAUCGCCCACCAAUCACCUAGUAGCAUUGGACCCAGAGGCGGGGGAUGCCCCAGAGCUGGUGAUAUCAGACCCUCAGGGAGAACCCAGACAGAGGCAGAGCCCUGAAGCCAGAAAACCAGGUUGUCUCAUUGAGGAGCUGGACUAACUCUGCAGAAGGCUGUGAUAGCAUUAACAACACUAGGUUUAGGUGUUCAAUCUGGGAAAGCCUUGUUUUGCUGAAUACAGGUACAAUGUAAGCACAGAGAGCUGCUAUGGAGCUAUUUUGCAGCCACGGGUUUACACCCAACACAUUUUCCGCACAAAACAAUUUUUUUAGUUUUUUUUGUUAGUUAUUCGUAGCUGUUCUGUUACUGGUUAUACUUUAUAUUCUGUAUUCUCAGGCUCAGUGUUCUAAAUGAAAUGUUCAUAAACUCCACUUCAAAUCCAUUCCAAGAUAAUCCCAGGCAGAUUAUAGCCAGGGCUCAUAAAAUAAAACGUUAUAGUACAGUAUGGGGAAUUUGUCUCAUUGCUUGUUACGCAAAUACUUAAAAUAUACCACUAGGUGGCACUUAAGUACCAAAUGUGCACCUCAUAUGUGCAAUAGACUGGCCCAUUCUUACAGAAAAUAAAACAUAAAAAACAAUAACAAGUUUAGAAAAUAGAAUAAUGAUGAUGAUGAUCAUGCAGAAAUGUGAACCUAAAGAACAGUUAUUUUGUCAAAGUCUUUGUGAGUUUUAGUAGUAGUAUUAUUACAGACCUGCUAAUGCAAAAACACAUAGAAUCUCUUCUUUAUCAUUUAAUCUACCCUGGACCGAGGGUGAGAUUUCAGGGCCAAGUGCUCAGGUCAAAUACUGGUCACAGGGAGACUAGAGAAUAGAUUUGAGUAGAUUGGGUCUUUUAAAUAAAGGUACCAAAAAGAGGAUUAACAAAAAAUAUAUCCACCUGUCUCUUCAUCUCUCUCGUCAUAGCCACACGCAUGCACAAAUGGGAUUGUCUACUGUUCUCUAAAUAUUUGUUUCUGUUCAUGACCAUGUUUACAUCAUAAUUCACCAUCUCUUCAUGUUUCCUCCUCCCAAUACCCCUCCUCCCUCCCCUACCCUGACACAUGGGCUGUCAGGGUGCAUCGAGGGAUGCUGGGUAGGAACAAAGACAGAUUAAAUUGAUCUGCUCAUGACCUUCUGUUAUGAAAGGAUUUAAGAGCAAAGAUUACAAACACACACACAUACAGGAUACACACACAUUGCACGUUACAUGCUACACCAUACAUAUUCUUGUUAAUAUAUUUUAUUACAAAUGAAUGCAUGAAUUAUUAUUAAAUUUAACUGUCUGGAUUAA